AUGCCCGCAGGGAGUGACGAAGGUGUCGCUCGGACCAUUGUCCCUGAAGAUGAAGAUGCGAUGAAUGAAUUGGCUCAUCGUCUUGGGGAACAAGAAGCCGUCCUUGAAUCCGAGGUGCGCGCCCAAGAACCAACACUAGAAGACGAAAAGUGCCCUCAGAGUCUUUACACAGAGCCUGUUUCUAUCGCUCCUCCCGGCUCCAAUCACGAAGAUUAUAAUACCCCUAAGAGCGGACACGAUAGAGACUCAUUUGACGAGUCAUUAACAGGUUCAGUGGUACCCAACACGGGUUUUGAGCCCAGCCAAGAUGGUGAUGAAUCAGAGGCGCAACUUUGCUCGCCUCGGUCUCUCCAUGAGGAUUCAACAACUUGGAUUGAGAUACCCACCAGCGACAGGGAAGCUUUAUUUUCGUCAUUUUUCAAUCACAGCCAGCCUAUUGUACGACCAGAUGUCGAAUGCCCCGUUUUGACGGCGGACGGUGACCUUGAGCAUAUAUCGAUUGAAAGCUAUUGGGAUCUUGGUCUUCUUUGCCCGGACUUGUUGACGAUAUGGGAGAAUAGCCAGCUGUCAAAUAGCGAAGUUUCUGAGCCGAUCCCAGUUCCCUCAGGUACCUUCUUCAUGUUCCUUAUUGCUUCAUCAUCAAUAGUAUAA